AUGGCCGAGGUUGUGGGUGACAGUGUGGGCGAGUCUGCUGGUGAGUCGCAGCAGUCUCUUGUGCCUCUGCAAUCCGCACAGGAGCUUGUAAUGGAGAAGAUGCGGCAGCACUCCUUGGCUUCUGCUCAUGCUGCUGCUACUAUGAACAAUGGCGGGGGAGGCGUGGACGUGGAGGGGUUUUUUGGCGGGCAGUCUGGGAGUGGGGGCGUAGAGUUGGCAUUAUUAGAACCGAGCGAGGACUUGGGUAGCACGAGGCGAUGUCAUGACAAGGCAAUCCCAAUUAGUUGUGGUUAUGGCGAGAGCAGCACCAGGAGUGGCUGUAGGAGUGAGCGCAAGUGUGGAAGCGACGAGGGGGGUGAUGAGGGAGGGAGAGUGGGGGACGUGGGCUCUUGUGCUCGUGCUCUGCCGUGUGGACCCAGGCAGAAUGCACUCAAGGCGCUGAAAAGCAGGCCAGGGGCGGUUAAGGGUGUGGAGUGUGGUUGGGAGGAGAAAGGCGAGGCAUACGGGACGGAGGCAGGGGGUUCUGACACCCUUCAAUGCUGUUUACAAGGAGGGAAUUCUGGGGUGGCUGGGACCUCUGGGGUUGCUGAUGCUCCUAGUUUGGGUGCGAAGUGUGGAGUGGAUGGGGCUGCUGGUUUGGACGGGUUAUUUGCUCUGAGUGCUGCUGUUGAGGUGGCGCUAUGGGACUCGGACGAUGCGAUACCUGCCAGUCAUGCCAUGCACGGGCAUGCGAAUCAAGUGACACUGGCAUGUGCACACACACAUGCACAUACUCACCCAGACGCAUGUGCACCUGCACCUGCUCAUGCGCUUGAGUGGGCGCAAGAGGAAGAGGCAGCAGAUGCAGCGGCACAGGGGCAUGGGGGGGCGCGUGCACAUGAGCCUUGUAUCGGACCCUUGGAGGUUGAAGGCAGGGGCGGAGGUGCGCUUGUGCAUGGAUUGCUUGCAUGCGGGCUCGCUGCUGGGAUGACGGAUGGGUCUCCAGACCAGCAGACUGAAUGCAACCGUGCCCAUGGCCUGGGGAAUGCAUGGGAAGCGGGGGAUGCGAGGCAAGCUGGGGUAGGGGGGGAAGAACGUGAAGGAAACGGGUGUGUGGUUAGCUCGAGCAAUAAGGAACUAGAAAAGGGGGAAUCCGGUGAGGAGGGGUGUGUAGCAGUGGCGGUCCUAGAAAGCGAGGGGUUGGGAGGCAUAAGAGGAGGGGAUGAAGGGGAGGCUGUGGGGUCGAGAAUGCGAGUGUGGGAGGGCAAGGCUAGGGACUGCCGAGUGCAGGUGCGAGUGGGGUUCUUUCCAGAGUCACGGGUUGGGCCUUGCGCGGGGAGGUCUGCAGGGGAGAGUGGGGUCGAGGCUGUAGGAGUGGCUGAGAUGAGGGUUGGAGGUGAGGAGCUGGCGUUUGGUGAAACAGCAGGAGCAGCAGCGGGAGAGGGCGAUGUUGCGGGCAAGUUUGGUAGUGAUGAUGGUGGUGCAGGUGGGAGUGAUGGCAUGUGGAGUGCACGCACCCAUGUGCUCAUGGCGUGGGGAAAGCAGAAGGGGCGAUCAAGCGGGCACGCAUCGAAAGAGGUCAACAGGGAGGCAGGAGGAGAUGGGCUGAUGAUGCAAGUGGUGGUGGAAGGGAGUAGAGAGGAAGGCGUGUGGGUGCCUUGCAGGGUCGAAGGAGGGACGGGUGCUGCUGCUGUGACGGAGCUGGGAGGAGCAAGGCCAGAGGAGGUGCACACGCUACAGAGCCUCAAAGAUUUUGUUAGAGAUGCCCCUGCGGCAGGAGAAGCAGCGGCAGCAGGAGGAGGAGGAGGAGGAGGAGGAGGAGGAGGCGGAGCAAUAGGAGAAGGAACAGCAGCAGGAGGAGCAGCAGGAGGAGAAGGGGUGAUUGAGCUCGAGCGGAAGAAACGAAGCAGUGGAGUGGUAGUGCCAGCUAUCCUGGGUGCUACCCAUGUGCAUGCUGAAGCACAGCUGGGGAUGCAGGAAGAGUGCAUACGUGCAGCAGAGGGGUCUGCUGCCCGCACCAGGCCCUUCCUCCCAUCGCAACGGAAAGCAGUAGGUCAAAGGAAAGUGGUGGCGGGGUUUGGAAUAGGAACGAGUGGGUUCAUGGAGGGCUUGGGUAGGAGGCGCAGUGGGGGAAGCUUCGGUGGGGGAGGGCGUGGGGGAAAGAUGGGGGGAGGAGAGUGUGGGGACGGUGAGAGUGGUGGUGCUGAAAUGGAAGAGGGCAGAGUAGGGAAUGGAGAGCGCUGUUGCAUGGGAAAGGGUGUCGGGGGACAGCGAGGGGUACACGAGGGUAAAGGGAAGGAGGUUGAGAAGCAGUGA